CUUAGCGGAGGUGAUGCGCAGCAGUGGCGGACCUCCCGUCCCCCGUAUGUACACAUUGUACUACGCUCGUACGUACGUAAGUCGUACGGUACCCAAUCUAGAAUCUAGAACCGAACCAUGCACCAAGGUGUGAUACUUUUAGUUCCUACGGUGCGUACGUACGUACCAYAAAUCGGUCGCUUCUCGUUUUGGUCCCAUGGCAUUAGGAAUUGGGACCCAAGCAACGACCCCGUCACAGUUUACCUCGUACGGUACCGUACGGUACUUACCAUAGAGACCGUGACACGAUAUAUUUUUUUAUGGUCGCGAGCGCGCCCAGAAUUUUUAAGGCCAUUUUUCCCGAAGCCGAGGCCUUCUUGUACGAUAUGGCGUACUUUUUCUGCGGACAACAAGCGUACCGGUACGGACCGUUGGUUAUGAUAAGGGGGUAUGUUGCGCGAAGUGUACCUACCGGUAGAGACAAAAUCGUGCGUGGAGCGAUGUUCGAACUCGCGUCCUAUUCCCAACGCUAGUACAAGUCCGGUAGGAAUAGCAGYUGGUAUGGUACAGGAAGCAAUAAUUGUACACUAACGUAGAGGGACAGUACUACAAUACAAUACCGACAGGUCCCGUGCCACAACAAAAGAAACAUGUUCGUUCAAGGCCUUUUUCGACGUCGAAACCGUCGGUCCGUUGCGGGAAUUUGCGCUUGCGCUUGKGUUGGUUCCGGGCCCUCGUUCUCCCCCACCGUACCGUAGGAUUGCCGGGUCGGGCCACACCAGCCGUCUCCCGCAGAGCGAUGCUCCCCACAAUCCACCAAGAGCGGUGCCGAGCCGCUGUUGUUGCUGUUGCUGCAAGAGACGCCGGAGAAAACACGCCCGUGCUUUGGUUGCGAGCCACGGCCUGAGCCAAACCGAAUCGGAUCGCAUCGGAUCGCAUCGGAUCGGAUCGGAUCGAAUCGAACCAAAGUCUUGCCGGAAACAACAAGGACACCAAAAGCGAUGAUGGAGUGCCUCCGCCAUGGACCCGCGGCAAUCCGCUGCCCCCGGCCACCGCCCCCCGGCGUUUGGUUGGCCUCCUGGAGCGUGGUCUUUCUCCUGCUCCCGGGCUUUUCCAACCUCCUGUACGUGGGAAGCCACGGGUUCCUCCGGUCCAGCUGCACGACGGUCGCCGAGUGGGCCUGGAUCGGGGCCUYUUCCCUCCUGGUCCUGCUGCCCCACGCCUUGGCGGAGCAAAGGGCCCGCAACCGCCGCAGCGAGCGCCGAGAGUCGGACGGGGACGGGCCCCUUGAGCGGGAGGGCAUCCUGCGGGAAGGCCCGGGCACCGGGCCCUCCCUUGCGGCCGGCCGCUCCCUCCUCGACUGGCUCUGGUUCUCUUCCGCCCUGCUGAGCCCGUGCCUGUGGAGGGGCCCGGGAGCCGUGUCGAAGUACUGGGACACGAGCGGGAGCGGCGGGGACCGGGGGGACGACGAACCGCACAAGCGGCUCCUGGUGCUGGCGGACGUCCUCGGAUACCUCGGUGGGAAGGCCGCGUGGCCCGCGAUGUGGAACCUGGCGGUCGUCCUCCUCCCGGUCCAGCGGGCCCACCGCCUCGUGGAAUACUACUGCUGCUCCGGCCCGGGCGGGCUUUCCACCCGGACCCACCUGGCCGRCCUCCACACGGGGGCCUCGRCCUCGAUCGCCGCCUGGCUCGCCGCCCACGCCUUGCUGCUGUCGGCGGCCUACGCGGUCCGGGCAAGGGGAUCGCUUCGGACCCUCGCCUGGGAGUUUCUCCCGCUCACCCCUUUCUACACCGAGGGAGCCGUCAACGGCGCGGGGUGGGCGGCCUCUCUGUGUUUGCUGGGGCUGUGGGCGACCUCCCUCCCGGCCGUCCGGAGGCGAUCCUACGAGCGGUGGUUCAAGAUGGGCCACGCGGGCUGCGCCCUGGGCUUUGUGUUGUGGUCCAACCUCCACGACUACAACACCCUUUUGUUUGCCUGGCCGGGGCUGCUCUCGUUUCUGGUGCGUGCUUGCUGGGAAGGGACGGUGGAACGUUGGGUUUCUUCUUGCUUGCCUGCCGCUGCGUGUUUGCCGUUGCUGGAUUGGUUGUUUGCUUGCUUGCUUGCUGGAUUGCCAUUGCGAAGAAACCUAACGCCUUUGCCUCGUUUGUUGCCGUGCCAGGUGGACAAAUUGCUGCGGUCCUUCGCCCUGCGCCACCCCGUGGUGCUCCAGGGCGCGGAGGCCCGCGGAAACACCCGGGUGGUCCGGUUCACGAUUCGCCCCCCRCCGUCCUGGUUCGAGGAGGGGCGGCUGUUCCCCGGCAGCCACUUGUACCUGAGGGACAGAGACAUCUCGCCCGGGGAGUGGCACCCGUUCACGGUGUCGGCCAUCGACCACCGGCGACGGAUCAUUUCGGUCCACGCCAAGGAACUGGGAGACUGGACGGCGGGCCUGGUCGACAAGUGGGGGUCGAUCGCCGCGGGCAACGAGAACCACAACGAGAACGGUGGAGAGCGAAACGGAACGGCCUCGUYCACCGCGGGCCUCGAGAUGGAGGGCCCCUACGGACCGGACCUGGGCCCGCCGAAGGACCCGCUGAAACGGCCUUGCCGCUACGUCUUUGUGGCCGGCGGGGUCGGCCUGACGGGGGUGUCCGAGGCCAUCCAGGCGUGCGCGGAGGAGGGGAUUCCCCUCGCCGUGCUCUGGCUGGUCCGCACCGGCGACGAGGCAGGGGCCCUCGGGGCCGACCUGCUGUGGAACCAGAGGUUUCGGGCGUCGUGGGCCGGGAYGCCCGCCGGAACAAGCCCGCCCUUUCGYGUCUUUGUGACCGGCGACGACGACGGCGAAUCGGGCCUUUCCGGGUUCGAUGCGUGGUCKCUGGACGACGAGGAGGCCCCGGAAAUCCAGGGCGACUCCGGGGCCGCUUCCGGCCGYYCGUUGUCCGCCGUGCUGGUGACGGUGGUGGCGGCAGGGUCCAUGGCCGUUGCSUUUUUGGUGGCGAGRCAGCYCUGCUGCUACCGGUCCGAUCCCUCCUCCRGGGGAAGGACCUGCGGCCCCGCAUGCGACACCAACGCCACUCCUUGCAGGGUGUGCGACACCCGGGAGGAGAUCUCCGCGGGCUCCUCCGGGGAAGGGGYCCCGUGCUGCGGGAUCCUUGUCUGCCACCUCUGUUUUCGGGGCCUCCCGGUGCUGCUGGUGGUUCUGCUGGCCCCGCUGCUGGCACGGGCGUUCCUGGGUUUGCUGGCAGRGAGGGACCGGUGGUGUUCUCGCUGGUUCUUGCGGCGGGUUCGCUACCGGUCGUUGCGGGAGGUGGCAGCCGGUGCCAGCGCGGACCACGGUGGGGAACCCCACUCCGGAAGCACGCCCACCGCGGCGUCGCAUCGGGAGCCGCCGGCGGGGCACCGCACACCGGGGGGGCCUCCCCUUUCGGAACUGGCGUCGGUCCGGUUUGGCCGGCCCCCCGACCUCGCCUCCGCGCUGGCAGAGGCGAUCUGCGACGCGGGGGAAGGCGGAAGCCGCGGCGACGGCCCGCGGGCCUUGCKCACGAGGGUAAUGGUGUGCGGGCCGACGAACCUGGUGCGGGCCGUACGGGAGAGCCUUGCCCGAACGAGCCACGGGGGCCGGGGGGGGCACCGAUCGGUUCUUGCCYCCGCAAACGAGAACGAGAUCGAKCUCGUCGUCGUGUAGGACCGAAGCUGCAAUCCGUGGAGCGAUCGAGCUGGUCUGUGUUUUCUUGCGCCACCAACAGACGCGUGCAAGUUUGUGGUCAUCGUUUACCGUAGCACYCCYGUUGUCUACUACAGAAAUUGUUCGAAUUCGUUCUUGACAUAYCGUAGUAUCCUGAUAUUUUGAAAAUAAUAUCGGAGCCUACCAGGGUACCAUAUGUGGAUUUUACUAUCAACUAAGCAACACGUGAGACCCCCUGUUUCGAACGAUCGAGUGGGAGAGUGCAAUGUGAAGAGUAGUUGGGUCGCCAAAAAAAAACCAAGUACAGAUAGUCACUCGUACGAAGUCAUUAAUAAUAUUGAAUACUUCGUURAGGUUCAUUUUUUGUUCUUCGAAAUUCAUUUCGUUAAACAAAAUAUCAACAUCACCCCUCAUAUUUCAAUAAAAUUAUCAAGACAGU